GACAUAUAGGGCGUAGGGGACAGUUUUGGCUAAAAAUUGGGACCUAAAUUCCGGUAGAUUUUGGCCCGCCGCCUUCAAAAUAGCUCUCCGGCGUCAAAACUCAAACGCUCUUCUCUCCGUCUCUUUCUGCGGCGAACGCUGCCCCUGUCUCUCUCUCUCUCUCUCGCCGUUGAAAUUGAAUUGUGAUAAGCUUCUUUAUAUGACAGAAAAUACUUGGUCAUCUUUUUAUAGGGUUGAUUAGAAGGAUUUCUGGAAAUGGAUUUUACAUGUAAAGAAAGUGAUGCUGAGGAGUCUUUAUCACCUGGAGUAUUUGAGUUACCUGGAGAGCCGGCUGUCGUUAUUAAUGGGCUACCUCCCACUUCUUCAAGUGCUGACACCGUUUUACCCUGUCCAACAGUUACUGAUGCAGAACCACGUAAGAAUUCUGGUUUUGGUCAAUGGCUUGAAGGAAGAGAAGUUCGCAAGUUGUUUGGGGACAAGUAUUACUUUGGGAAAGUUACUGAAUUUGAUGAGGAAGUUGGUUGGUUCAGGGUGAAGUAUGAAGAUGGCGAUUUCGAAGAUCUUGAGUGGCAUGAGUUGGAACAAAUUCUUCAGCCUUUGGACAUUACUAUUCCGUUGAAAACAUUAGCCUCAAAGAUCAUUAAGAGGAAGCAGAGAUCUACUCAGAAGUCUGGAAAAUCUGAGGGUAGAACUCGAAAUCAAGGUGUAAAACUGAAAAAGACAGUGUAGAAAAAUGUUAUUUCUUGAAGUUAUGUGAGAAACUCUUGGCAUGUCAGACGUGGCAUAGUAUGUUUAGUUCCCAUGGAUAGAACAGCAUAUUUUCCAGCUUCAUGAGCAAGCCAUGAGAAUUUUGAAACAUCAUGUAGAGAAUGGUAGGUAGGUAUAGUCUGGUGAAUUGAGAAUCUCUUUAGUUAUAUUGACUUCAUUUAGCACAUUCAUUCAGUCUCGUCUACAUUAGUCCGAAGGCAUCAUUUUUGCAAAUUUUGGUUGUGUAUCAAGUGAAGAAUUGGUCCCCAAUUUGCUUGGUUGUGUCAUCUCCGGGAGUUCAUUAUUUUUAGAGCUUAGGUUUCUGGAAAGUCGCAUAAUAUGGACUUCAGUGGUUGGAUACUGCGUAAAGAAUGGGGAUGGUGUCAAUAAGAUGCAGAGGACUGAUGGCUCUACAAUAGCUGGGACGAGGUUACUGAUGGACAUUUGCUUAUCCAUGCAAGGUUUUAGCCACAUCUUCGCCUCUGGCUUGUAAUAGUGGAUGCUUUUGUUGGGCUUGAACUUUCAUAUUGCGAAGGCCUAAUGAGAUUCAAUGACUUUUCCAUAUGCUUCAUGAGUUGGGCCUCCAAAGUACUUUCAAUGGCAUUUCCUUCAUAGGCCGAUGUGCCAAGAAGAGUUAGUUUUAUCCGAUGUAGAAUCACAGAGAUCUUGCCAUCAAUGUUAUGGUACAUAAUGGAUGCCCCUACUCACACGCUUCAUGCCCAUGCUUCUCACAUCGAGUAUGUGAGGAAGCCUCUGCUUGCUGAAGUUAUGAAUUUUAAUGACAACAACUUAGAUAGUUGGUUUGGAGACUCUCUGUUGUAACACUUUUGAUCUACAAACUCCACCAGGUUGUUCAAGUUCCGCAGAAUGCCAAUGUCUGUGCUGCAGUAGGGCGUAUGCAUGACUCCAUGCCUAUUGUUGUUUCUUAUUUUUACUGCUAGUCGGAAUUUGGCGUUCUAAUAGCCGUUGCUUAGUACAUUUAGCUAAUUUUUCUAGUCGA